UGUAAGAGAGGACAAGGCCACAACUAAACUGAGAGUGGUAUUUGAUGCGUCCUCACAUGAUGCAGACAGCCCAUCCCUCAAUGACUGUUUGCACACAGGGCCUAAUCUAAACCCAAACCUGCUAGAGGUACUCAUCACAUUCAGGUUGCAUGAGAUUGCCUUCACUGCUGAUAUAACCAAGGCUUUUCUUCAGAUUUCCCUCGCAGAAAAGGAUAAAGAUGCUGUUAGGUUCCUGUGGAUGCAUGGACCCCCAACCAAAGACUGCAAGAAUGAGGAAGCUCUACAUGUGACAACAACAGCAAAAGACAUUCUCGCUCAGGCAGGUAUGGACCUCUGCAAAUGGGUUACCAACUCACCUGACCUGAGAGCCAUGUGGAAGGAGACUGGAGUAGAGUUGACUGGAGAUACAGAGUCCUGUGGAAACGUGCUCAAAGUGCUAGGACUCGUUUGGAGACCAGAGAGAGAUGAUUUUGUGUUUGAUCAAAAGGGACUCAUUGACAUUUUACGGGACAAAGAAAACACAAAGAGAAGUGUUCUACAAACAUCGGCUCGCAUAUUUGACCCCAUUGGGUUUCUCACUCCCUUUACUAUCAGAGUGAAGUGCCUAUUCCAAGAAAUGUGGGAGAGAGGGCUCAGUUGGGAUGAACCAUUACCCAUUGAUUUGACUGAAAAAUGGGAACAGUGGUGUAUGGAGCUACCACUGCUCCACCUGAUGGCUAUUCCCAGGUGGUACCACAUUGAGAUCCAGCAAGAGUCACACACGGUGAAGUUGCAUGUCUACUGUGACGCAAGUGAAAAGGCUUACAGUGCUGUGGCAUAUCUACAAGGAAAAAACAAACAAGGAGAGACUGUUACAAGCUUUGUGGCCUCUAAGUCGCGAGUCGCACCCCUAAAGAAAAUGACAUUACCUCGCCUGGAGCUUAUGGGUGCACUUAUUGGAGCAAGAUUAGGACACAGUUUUCUCAAACCACUGAACAUGGAGAAGAGCCAACUUCAAAUGUGGACGGACUCGAUGAUCACUCUUCACUGGAUCCGCAGCUCUGCCCAGCGGUGGAAGCCCUUUGUGGCCAACAGAGUGACUGAAAUACAAGGGCUCACAAACCCGGAGACGUGGUCCCACUGUGCUGGUAAAAUGAAUCCUGCUGACUUACCUACACGAGGUCAGCAUGCACAGAGUCUUAUUGAGAGCCAGUUGUGGUGGAGCGGACCAGCUUCACUGUCCACAGCUGAAAGGGAGCUGGACAUUGAUGAUGACAAUGUGGUGAAUGAGGUAAACACUGAACUGAAAUCUAAGUAUCAGACUGUUGUACAAUUCACUAGCGCUGAACAAACGGUACCUCUGUUGAACUUAGAAAGGUACGGCAGGCUUAAGACUGUGUUAAGAAUCACUGCAUGGGUAAAACGCUUUGUAACUAACACAAGGUCUUGUCAAAGGGUUCAGGGAGAGUUAACCUCAGAAGAGCUGAUUGCAGCUGAAAUGUACUGGGUAAAGGCUACGCAAGAGCGCUGUUUUAGCUCUGAAAUGUCCCAGCUAAAGUCAAAACUAAAUGUGAAAAGAGACUCUAAAAUCAAAGACUUGAAACCAUUCUUAGAUGAAAAUGGUCUGCUAAGUGUUGGGGGAAGACUACAGCACUCUGAUUUUAGUUUCAGAGAACAGCACCCCUGGGUACUACCAACAAAUCACAAGUACUCUGAGCUAUUGGUUCAUUCAUGUCAUGAAAAGGUGAUGCAUUCUGGUGUACGAGAUACACUGAUUCAACUCAGAGAACAUUACUGGAUUUUGAGAGGGAGACAGCUUGUAAAACGCAUUGUUUCAAGUUGUUACAUUUGCAGAAAACUUAAGGUUAAAGCAGCAAAGCAGAUUACCGCUCCUUUACCUCGAGAUAGAGUAACUGAGUCACCUCCUUUUGAAGUUACAGGUGUAGAUUUUGCAGGACCCUUGUAUGUUAGAUCUAAGGGGCAACCAGUAAAGGCAUACAUCACGCUGUUUACAUGUGCAGUAACGAGAGCAGUACAUUUGGAGUUGGUUUCAGAUCAGACUACAGAGAACUUUCUAUUAGCCUUAAAGCGAUUCAUUGCAAGACGAGGGCUAUGUAAGAUCAUUUACUCUGAUAAUGCGAAAACAUUCAAAAGAGCAGACAAAGAUUUAAAGGAGUUAUGGCAAAACAUUAAAGGUUCAAAGCUCACAGAGUUUUUUACUGAGAAAGGGAUCACCUGGAAGUUCAUUGCUGAGCGGGCUGCCUGGUGGGGGGGCUUCUGGGAAAGGCUUGUGAGAUCUGUUAAAACAUGCUUAAAGAAGGUACUGGGAAAAGCCUCUUUGAGCUUUGAGGAACUCACAACUGUACUUACUGAGGUUGAGGCAGUGUUGAAUUCUAGGCCUCUGUCGUAUGUACAUAGUGAUGUAUUAGAGCCCCAGCCACUUACCCCUUCACACUUCCUGGUUGGUAAACGCUUGACUUCCUUGCCACCAAAGACUUUUCUUUCUCCAGCUCAGGUGCUCACAGCAAACCGUGAGGAGCUUGGUAAAAGGUGGAAAUACCAGCAGAGACUUUUGACCAGCUUUUGGAACAGCUGGCGCAGAGACUAUCUAUUGGACUUGAAAUCCGCUCACAAAGUGGACACUCCUACUCCAACAGCACUUAAAGUAGGAGAUGUUGUUCUCAUUGGGGAGGACAACACACCCAGACAGACAUGGAAGAUGGGUAGACUCGUAGAGGUCUUUCCAGGCAGAGAUGGCCUCAUACGUUCAUGUAAUGUUUGCACUUCUACAGGCAGCGUGUUAAGAAGGCCUGUUCAGUUACUAUACCCAUUAGAAAUAGGUUAAAGGUCAAUUUGAUACGUAUGAACAGUUGUUCAUUGGGCGGGAGGAUGUUGUGACUUAUUUACAGUUCUAGACAUUAAGCAUUGAUUAUUAAUUGUAACAUAGGUACAACCGUAUUUCCAAAUUACAAGGUAUGGUAAAAAGGUGCCAUAUGGUUUUAAUUUGAAGAAACGGAAGUGUUUUAUUGUGAAGGGUGAAAAACAGGAUCUGUUCUAGUUUUCAUGACGCCAUCUUAACAAAAAAUGUAAAUCAGAAAAAGUUGUAAUUAGCCGCUGUGUUUUGUUCAAUAAACCUGAACAACAAAGUUCAGUAAAACUACCGAGCCUCCGUCAUGAUUAUAGAAGCUGUAUCUACGUAUCAGA